AUGACAGUCCGUCCUCUACUCUCAGAUGGGUUCCGGGACGCAAGCUUCCGUACCUCCUCUCGCGUCGCCCUACCAGCUUUCCCGCCUCCUCUCGCGUCGCCCUACCAGCUUUCCCGCCUCCUCUCGCGUCGUCCUACCAGCUUUCCCGCCUCCUCUCGCGUCGCCCUACCAGCUUUCCCGCCUCCUCUCGCGUCGCCCUACCAGCUUUCCCGCCUCCUCUCGCGUCGCCCUACCAGCUUUCCCGCCUCCUCUCGCGUCGCCCUACCAGCUUUCCCGCCUCCUCUCGCGUCGCCGUACCAGCUUUCCCGCCUCCUCUCGCGUCGCUCUACCAGCUUUCCCGCCUCCUCUCGCGUCGCCCUACCAGCUUUCCCGCCUCCUCUCGCGUCGCCCUACCAGCUUUCCCGCCUCCUCUCGCGUCGCCCUACCAGCUUUCCCGCCUCCUCUCGCGUCGCUCUAUCAGCUUUCCCGCCUCCUCUCGCGUCGCUCUACCAGCUUUCCCGCCUCCUCUCGCCUCGCUCUACCAGCUUUCCCGCCUCCUCUCGCGUCGCUCUACCAGCUUUCCCGCCUCCUCUCGCGUCGCCCUACCAGCUUUCCCGCCUCCUCUCGCGUCGCCCUACCAGCUUUCCCGCCUCCUCUCGCGUCGCCCUACCAGCUUUCCCGCCUCCUCUCGCGUCGCCCUACCAGCUUUCCCGCCUCCUCUCGCGUCGCCCUACCAGCUUUCCCGCCUCCUCUCGCGUCGCCCUACCAGCUUUCCCGCCUCCUCUCGCGUCGCCCUACCAGCUUUCCCGCCUCCUCUCGCGUCGCUCUAUCAGCUUUCCCGCCUCCUCUCGCGUCGCUCUACCAGCUUUCCCGCCUCCUCUCGCGUCGCUCUACCAGCUUUCCCGCCUCCUCUCGCGUCGCUCUACCAGCUUUCCCGCCUCCUCUCGCGUCGCCCUACCAGCUUUCCCGCCUCCUCUCGCGUCGCCCUACCAGCUUUCCCGCCUCCUCUCGCGUCGCCCUACCAGCUUUCCCGCCUCCUCUCGCGUCGCCCUACCAGCUUUCCCGCCUCCUCUCGCGUCGCCCUACCAGCUUUCCCGCCUCCUCUCGCGUCGCCCUACCAGCUUUCCCGCCUCCUCUCGCGUCGCCCUACCAGCUUUCCCGCCUCCUCUCGCGUCGCCCUACCAGCUUUCCCGCCUCCUCUCGCGUCGCUCUAUCAGCUUUCCCGCCUCCUCUCGCGUCGCUCUACCAGCUUUCCCGCCUCCUCUCGCGUCGCCCUACCAGCUUUCCCGCCUCCUCUCGCGUCGCCCUACCAGCUUUCCCGCCUCCUCUCGCGUCGCCCUACCAGCUUUCCCGCCUCCUCUCGCGUCGCCCUACCAGCUUUCCCGCCUCCUCUCGCGUCGCCCUACCAGCUUUCCCGCCUCCUCUCGCGUCGCCCUACCAGCUUUCCCGCCUAAGCUGCCGGGAGCUUAG